UAUAACUUCACUUACUCUACAGCAACAUGACCCACUACCAUGGAACAGCCAGCUCAAAAAAGAGUCUCGAAGGCUUGCGACGCGUGCAAGCGCCGUAAGGUCAAGUGUAACGGCCAGGAUCGCUGCCAGCAGUGCAGCCAUCUUGGUCUGAGAUGCGUUUACUCGCCUACGGGUAAACAGAGGGCACAAGGCAAGAGAGGUCAUGUCAUCUCGCAGUUCAAAAGUCACACCACCACAAAUGCUACCUCACCGCCUAUUCUGCCAGCCAUCUCCGUACAGCAAGGCUUUCCAUCACCAUAUGGUGAUGUCACUCAGUCAAUCGAGCGCAAUGGGAGCGAUAUCUCAUCUCCUUUGUCACCUUCCUUACCACAGUACAGCAAAGCAUUCUUCCUGGACCUUGUUCCGGACUAUAUGGGUGGAGUGUACCCCGUCCAGCCUGUCAUUGCGGAACAUGAACUUCGGCACUAUAUCCAAAGCAUGGACACGGAUCGAGAAGUACGCUCGUUUAUCUACGCUUUUGGUGGUUGCACGCUCAACUUGACACGGUAUGGCGACAGAAGAACUGCAGAAGUGGUUCAGACUAUCGAGCAGCUCAUGGACUAUUCGAUCGAAAGCAUGAGACCUACUUACAAACACUUCCAUUCGUCUGUCAUGAGAGCCAUGCAAUCCAUAUUCAUACAUAACUGCCUCAUGAGUCUGCAAGGCAACGAUUCCGCUUUCUACUAUAUGAGGGACGCCAUUUCCGUCAUUCAGUUACUCCGGAUCGACAAUCCUGAACACAUGGCGAGUCUAUCGCCCCCUGAAAGGUCGAGAAGACAGAGAUUGUAUUGGCAAGCUUACAUUCAAGAGCGCUUCAUCGCCAUCUUGGACUACCGACAUGCAAUACUACCACCACUAUACACCCUACCCGAGGACGAUCCCACCCUCCCCUUACAGGUCCACGAUGGUUUCAACCAAAUCAUCAAGCUAUUCAGACUCCUGGACACGGAGUUUCUAAACAGCUGGCUCGGCGCCCAAGACGGCAGCGUAACCAGCGUAACCAGCACCUGGGUAGAAGCCAAAUCGCGCGAACUAGAAGGCGACCCAGAAACCGACCAACGCGAGCUAGCCAGCCUAUCCAUGAUGCAGCGCGCCGACCUAAUCAUCACACGGGAAUGGCUCCGCACUCUCGUCUGGCGCCUAGCAAUGGGCCGCUCCCUCCUCUCUUCCCGCUCCUCAAAAGAAUGCCUCUCCCUCCUCUUCCCCGUGCGCCUCUCCCAAACCCUACGCCAACAGGUCUCCUCCAUGUCCCGCGAAGACCUCGAAGUCCACGGCAGCAGCAUCACGCAGAAGCUCUUCGAAAUCACAGACACCAUCGCAGACGUCCUGAUCCACGUGCCCGCCGCCACGCUCGAAGAAACAGCCCUCCGCAUAGACGACUUCCUCUUCGUCCUCGACUUCGUGCUACUCUUCCCGCAGCUGGACCAGACGCGGCGCGGCAUCCUGCUGGAGAAACUAGAGCGGCUGCAGACUAUGUUCCCCGAGGCCGUGAGCAAUGCUAGCUCGCCUAGUUUUCCGCCCGAUCUGAGGAGCCCCGGCGUGUACGAUCCCUGGCUGCAGGUUGCGCAGUCGAAGACGGCGGCGGGGCUGGAGGGGCUGGCGGAUGGGGUGGGGCGCGGCGGCGGGGUCCCGAAGUUGGAGGCGAGGGUUGCGCUGCAGACUACGUGGAAUAAUAUCUCGCAGCGGUUGUCGAUGGCGACGUUUGGGGCUGAGGCGGGGUGAGGGGGGUGGUAUAUCAAUUUGUCGGUUUGUUUCUACUCUUUGAUUUUGUUUGUUCGGGUUGAGGGAAGCGGGUGGAGUAUAGGGGGUAGUACUGUAAACAUGGAUGCACUUGAAAGGGACUAGGGGUUGUAUCUGAGUACACAACAAGGCAAAUAAGCAGCAGAUGAACAUGUAUACAAGACCCGCAACAACCCAGCCCACAACACCAGAUAACGCGGUGGAAAGCAAACACCCACCCAACCAUCUAUCCAUCCAUACAAUAACCUACACAUAACAAGU